AUGUCGGAUUCUGGAUGGGUAAACGGGGAGGUAUUGAUGAAGUACCUUGAAGAACACUUUCUGAAAUUUGUUCAACGAGGAUCAGGUGACAUUUCCCAACCUAUACUGCUCAUAUAUGAUGGCCAUGCUUCACAUGUCUCCAUUGACAUAGUCAACUGGGCAAGAGAGCACAAUGUCAUACUGUUUGUGCUACCCCCACACAGUUCUCAUGCCCUCCAACCAUUGGACAUUACAUGUUUUGGACCGUUCAAGUCUAUUUUCCACAAUGAAUGCCAUCUAUACAUGGCUAAGCAGAGGGGAAGAGUCAUUACAAAAUAUGACAUAGCUGACUUGUCCGGGAAAGCUUACUUAAAAUCCAUGACACCAACAACAAUCCAGUCAGGAUUCCGGAAAGCUGGCAUAUUGCCAUUUGAUCCGACACAAGUACCAGCAGAAAUGAUAGUGCCGUCUAAAUCAUUCCCCAAAAUCAUUCCAGAAUUGCCAGUUAGGACCAUGAAAGAGCUCCUAGAUGAAAAGUUAAUGGAAACAGCUCCAAAAGCCAAACUUGAAAAACCAAAAGCUAAUAAAAGUAAGACACAGGACAAAAAGAAGAAACCAAAAAUGGGUGGAAAGGCCAUUACAGAAGACUCUACAUACUUUCAGCUGCUAGAAUACCAACAACAGAGAGAAGAAAAUAACACAAAAGAAAAAACAAAUAGAUCAAAACAAAAUUUGCACAAAUCACCCCAACCAAGCACAAGCAAAGGAAAUAUCGUGGACUCUGACAUUGAAAGCGAAAUUGAAGACGAAGAUCCAGCUAACAACUGUUGUAUAUGCAAGAAGUUUUCACCGCCAGGAUUGGAUCAGUGUGAUGAACUUGUGAUCGUCAAAUGGGCCCAGUGCACAGCGUGUGGUCAUUGGUGCCAUCUGCGAUUUUGUUCACAGAUCAGAGUAGUGCGCCGGCUAUCUGAUUUCUUCUGUCCGCAUUGUGCUGAAAGAGAGUGUUAA